AUGGAAAAAUUAAAAAUUCUAUUUCGACCAUUAAAGUAUUUAGACAUAUAUGGAGUUCCUAUAAGAGUCAAUUUCAAAAAUGAAGAAAUUCAUAAAACCAGUUUUGGAGCAUUAAUGUCAUUCGCUGUUUUCAUAAUCACUGGAUUAGCUGUUUAUUUUUAUGGGUAAGAGUUAUUUAAUAGGAAUAAUCCGAUUGUGAUCACAAGCGAAUAGUAUGUGAAAAACCCUCAAAGAAUGGAUAUUGACAAAACUCAACAAAUAAUAGUUAUGGGUUUUAAUAAUUCUACAGGCCAAACAGUUUACGAACCAUCUGUAAUUUAAGUUUCUGCUUCUAUAUCUAAAUUAAAAAAGAUUUACAAUGAAACCACUUAAGGAUAUCAAAAUUCUCUUUAAUCUACUAGCCUAAUAAUUAGACCUUGUAAUAGGUAAGAUAUCAGAGUAGGUGAAAUUAAUAGCUAUUUCGAUUCACUUCCAUUAAGUAACUAUUUUUGUUUUGAUGACAAUUAAGAAGUUUACAUUGAAGGAGAUUAUUCUGGAGAUGUCUACUCUAAAGUAGAUGUAUUCUUUUCUCAAUGCAAAAAUUCUACUUAACCAGGUUCCGUUGUUUGUAAGCCUUAAGAAUAAAUUGAUAAAGUUACUUCAAAUCUUUUUUUCCUAGCGUAUAUGUUGGAUAAAAUUGUUGAUCCCACUAAUUUAGACAAUCCUUUCAGUUACCAAGGAAUAAAUUUAGAGACGUAAACAUCUGCCUAACAAAGCUAGUAAUAUACAGCCUUUUUUGAAAAUUAUUAUAUUUAGUCAGACACCGGACUUAUUACAUAAUAAGUAAAUGAAAAAAGGGAUUUCUUGUAUGUGUAGUCACGUUCGGAUAAUUUAUAUGGAAAACCAGGUUUAUUAAUUCAAUUUACUCUGAGGCCAUAUAAAAAUAAAUAGCUCUUUAUGUAGAGGAGGUAUAUGAAAUUUUCUGAUCUUAUAGCGCAGUUAGGAGGAAUCAUAAAGCUACUUACUUUAAUAGGUUUUGCUGUAACAUAUCCUUUUGCAAGACUUCACUUAAACAAAGAAAUCAUAAAUAGUAUUUUUGACUUUAACUUUACGCUAUCUGAAAAAAAAUUACAGAUUGAAGAUGAUAAUUAGACUGAAAAAGAUUAAGCAGCAGAAAUUGAAUUUAAUAAAUAAAAAAAAUUACAAACAGAAUUUAAUAGAUAAUUUAAAUUGAUGUAAAAUUAAUAAGACUUGGACUCUAAACUAAAUGAAGAAGAUUAAAAUCAGUGUAAUAAUUCUGAGGUUAAUUAGAGAAGUAAAAAAUAAUAGGCUAGUAAAAAAUUAUUUGAUUAAGAAAAACCAACAGAAUAAUAAUAACUUGCUAUUUUAAGCCCUAAUAACAAAGACUCUUAAUUAUUAAAAAAAGAAAAUUUAAAAAUUCUAUAAAUAAAUAAUUCCGUUGAAACAGAUUUAUCUAAUAAUAAGAUCAUAAAAAGAAGUUAUGAAUCAAAUUUCAAAAAGAGAGAACCCUUCAAAAAUUUAAGAGAAAGUGAUUAUACUUAGGAAGAUAGAAAUGAAAGCCAACAUAUAAGAAGGGAAACCUAAUAAAUUCAAGAAAAUUCUCAGAUUGUCAAGUCUCUAAUGGAUAGUAUUAAAAUCAUCUUAAACCCAUUAAAAGCCAUAAUCAAACUGACUAUAAUAGAAUACAUAAAAUAUUUCUCUUCAUCUAAUUCUAAAUAGUUAAAGUAAAAAAAAGAAUUUAUUUAGAACGGGUUCAAAAAAGUAUCAAACCAUCUGGAUAUUGAAAACAUCCUAAACAAAUUAUAGGAACUAGAGAAACUUAAGCAAGUAGUACUAAAUGAAGACUAAUUGAAACUUUUUGAACUUUUGCCUCGACCUGUUUUACGGAGCGAUAGUUCAGAAAGUCAGUCUAAUUAAGGUAAUUCAUUUUAUGACAAAAUUAAUAAAACUUAUGAGGAAAAGGUAGAUGACGCUUUCUAGAGCUUGGCAAAUAUAUUGAAUAAACCUAAAAAAUCAUAAAGAGAUAUUCAGUUAAUUUAGCUUUUGGAUAAAAAGAUCUAUUCAAAUAUAUUAGAUGCUGGUCUUUUAGCUUAGAAUGCAGAUAAAUAUUCUUAAAAUAACCAAACCAAUAACUUAGAAAAUAGCGUAAACAAUUAGAAUUAUGUUUAGGAAAACAUACCAAUUUAAAGAUCUCCUUCAUGCUUUGUUGGGAAAAAGUUUUUCAGAAAAGACUCCUAAUUCAAAGAAGAACUUGAGAAAAAUCAAAUAACAUAAUACGAUGUUACAGAAGGCAGUUAAACUAAAAUUGAUGAUGUUUACUUUAACUUUAAAAAUAAAAUUAUUAAAAAUUCUAUGAAUUUAUGA